AUGUUGGUCACAGUACUAGUCUUCUGUUUCGCCACCUUGAUAAUCCUACCGCCAUCUCCGACGACCUGCACUGCCUCCUCCUCCUCCUCUCCAUCUGUUUCUGCUCUUUUCGCUUUCGGCGAUUCCACGGUGGACACCGGCAUGAACAACGGCCUUUCUAUGCCUUUAUAUAAGUGCAACCAUCCCCCUUACGGCAAAGACCUACCGGGGCAAGUCCCCACCGGAAGGUACUCCAAUGGAAAGAUUGGAGUUGACUUUAUGGCCUCAAACUUGGGACUCAAGGAAGACCUUUUGCCCUCUUACCUCGACCCGAAACUGACAGACCAUGAUUUGCUCACCGGGGUCAGCUUCGCGUCGGGAGGUUGUGGGCUAGAUGAUCUGACCUUGCAGUUAACCCAAGUCUAUAGCAUGCAGGAUCAGUUGGAGUAUUUUGAUGAAGCCGUAGAAAGGAUUAAGACAAGUGUUGGGGAGAAGAAUGGUAGCGAGAUUGUGGAAAAUGCACUGUUUGUGGUUGGUGUUGGGACGAAUGACCUCAUCCUGAACGUGUAUGACUUUCCUCUAACGCAGAGGAAAUCUCAGUUUACAUCUACAGACCAGUACUUUGAUUUUCUGCUCCAAAAACUCGGGUCUUUUAUUCAGGAUCUGUACAGUAGGGGAGCAAGGCGGUUCAUGGUGGCGGGUUUUCCACCGAUCGGAUGCCUUCCGCUUCAACAGACAUUAGGCGGCAUCAUCAAUCUGCGUCGGCGCGUGUGCAUCACACAACAAAACAUAGACUGUCAGACCUACAACUCCAAGCUCCAAGCCCUUCUCUCAAGUUUGCAAACCACAUUACUCCCUAGUUCAAGGCUGCUCUACUAUGACAUCUACAACCCCAUGAUGGACAUGUUCAACAACCCAGAUAAAUAUGGGUUUGUGCAAGUAAGUGAAGGAUGCUGCGGAACUGGGCUGGUUGAGUUGGGGCCUCUGUGCUCACGGCUCUCGCGGACGUGCCCCGACGCGUCAAAGUAUAUGUUCUGGGAUACGGUUCAUCCUACUGAAGUAGCAUUAGCUGUUGUUGUAGACUAUAAUCAAAAGACUGUUUUGCAGUUCCUAAAUUAG